UCUGAACGGAAAGGAAAUAGCUGAAAUGUGUUCAUACAUGUACAAAAGUCUGAUUUUUGUUAAUUAAUUUUUGUUUCUUCAGGCUCUGCAAUCAUCUGAUCAUGGCUCUUUACAACUUAAGAAAUCCUGCUGUGAAAAGAUUGAUGAAAGAAGCGGAGGAGUUAAGAUGCCCUACUGUAGAAUAUUAUGCUCAACCGUUGGAGGAUAAUCUCUUUGAGUGGCAUUUCACUGUUAGAGGUCCUCCUAAAACCGACUUUGAAGGUGGUAUCUAUCACGGCAGAAUAACUUUACCUACUGAUUAUCCUAUGAAGCCUCCAAGUAUCAUUCUACUAACGCCAAAUGGAAGGUUUGAAAUCAAUAAGAAAAUAUGUCUAAGCAUAUCUGGUCAUCAUCCUGAGUCUUGGCGACCAUCAUGGUCAAUCAGGACAGCAUUACUGGCAAUCAUUGGAUUUAUGCCUACACAUGGAAAUGGUGCUAUUGGUUCUUUAGAAUAUACCCCUGAAGAAAGGCAACUUUUAGCUUUAAAGUCUCAAGAAUGGAAAUGUACAGAAUGUGGGCUUGUGCAAAAUUUCUUGAAAAAAGAUGAUUCAUGUCAAUCCAGUAAUGUUGAAAAUGAACCAGAAAUUGGUAUUGAUGCAAAAACAAUUUGUUUAGAGGAAUUAAGUGAGGAUGCUGUAUGUGAUACUUCCAGUUUGGCUGUAAAGGAUUCCAUCAGUAGUAAUGGUUCCAUAUUAACACAUAGAGAUAGUAGCAUCAAGACAGAUUUCAGUGUGCAAAAAGAAGAAAAUGUUAAAUCUUUGAGUAGUUCUGAAGGAUCAAAUUUAGUUUUAAGGUGUAAAACCACAAAUAUUUUGAAAGAAAAAACAGUUUUGCAGCCAAGUCAACCUGUUGCAAAAAAAAAUUUCCCCUAUUCGUCUAUUCUAAUAUGGGUACUUUUGCUCAUCAUAAUAAUUUUAUUUGUGCGCCGAAUUACAUAUAGUUAAUUAUGUAGUGUUUAGUGAAAUGUUUAUACCAUAUCUUUCUUAUUAUUAUCCCACUUCUUUUUACAUAUGCUUUGGAGAGGUUAUUUUAUGUAAGAAAACUGUAUAAAAUAGACUUGUUUUUAUUUAUACGAAAUGUGUUGGCAAUAUGAAUGUCUAUGAACACAUGGAUUCAAUAAUUUGUGCCUGGUACUGCCUGACUAUGGGUGAAAACUAAAUAAAUUGAAAACUGGCUAUUGUAUCGUGUGUGAAGAACAUGAAAGCAUUGGAAAUGAGCUGUAUGGUCUUUUCCACUGAAGUUCUAAAAGCAUCUUCCCCAGGGGUGGUGUUUUACCACUCAUAAAAAGGGCUUUAGGACUGCUUCACAAAGCCAAGACCCCAAGCGUUGCUCUUCAUUUCUCGGGAUUGCAUAUAAAGGCAUUAACAGUGCCAUGUUUGUUUUUAGUGAUGAAAUUAUUGUCUGUCUCAUUAUUAAUUCAAACUAUGUUCCUGCAUAUGCACAGUAAAAUCUCAUGAAUGCUCCAUAAAUGUUGUUGCACAAUUCCCACCAGCCAAGGAAAUCUUGGUAAACCUUUAAUUCUUCAGGUAUUUAAUAAAUAUUAAUCUAAAAACAUCAUGGAAAAGUGCGAAUACAAAAGAUAUUGUAUUCACACUUUUAUGUACCAGGUUUUAUUAGGAAUGAAUGUAUUAAUUAUAUACAGUCAAUUCGCAAUAACUCGAAUCUAAAGGGACCGACAAAAAGCUUCGACUCAUCGGAAGUUCGACUUAUCGCUAGUUUCAGUACUUGACAUUUUAAUAGUCCAUCAAAAAUUUUAAUUAAUAUGUACAUAUAACAGACAAAAUUACAGAACUUAAAAGUAUUGAGAUAGAAAUCAAAAGCAUGGUUUUGAUUUCGAUACUGUUGGAACCACUUAAAUAGAGCUGAUUCUACUUCAAAAAAGGUGCACAUCUUCAUUCGUUUCAAAUUUUUAUUCAUGGAUUUUAUCGCUUUAGUUUAUCUUUUUCUUUUAAAAUCAUCGACAGAGUACUUGCUUAAACAUCUUUAAUAGUAAAGAAAACUCUCUCUUUCUCUGGAACUUAUUAGAAAAUGAUCGAACUAAAGAAUGAAGGAGAACGCAUCUUAACUUAGAUCAGCCUUUGAAUAAAGGUACAAUCGGUUGACUUGACAGCUUAAAAGCAAAUUCGUAGUCCAGCAACAUGUCUAAGUGUAAACAGUACAGCACAACCAGGGCCCAAUACAGGCUGAUUUUGCUACCGUUUUUCGGUACCUUCACAAAAAUCUUGUUUUGAAAUCGGUACUUUCACAAAAAACAAAUUAUAAAAUCAGUGGCUUCACAAAAAUUCGCAUUUUAAAAUAUAAAAUUUGUUUCUCUGUUUAAAACAAAAUUUACUCAUAAAAUAAAAUUCUAAGCAGGUUUAUAUGAACAAUCGCGUAAAUAGAAAACUUUUUGUAGUAUUUUAACUAAUUUUUAUGCAAUAUUAUUGCAAUCUUUCAACAUCUGUUUUGGGAAACCGUUUUUCUCAUAAUUUCCUAUUUUGUACACAGUGGAUAGCCCAUUAAGCUGAAAUUACGAUGAUAUUUUUCGUACUUCUUAGGUUUUUAGCUCCUCCCCCCCCUCCCCAAAAAACGAAAUCUAUUAAAAAUAAUACUAGAUGACAUUUACUUUUCGAACUAAAAUUUCACUUGUUCUACUUCUCUUUUACAAAAAUUAGGAUGCCUCUAAAAUUUCCAAAAAAAAAAAAAAAAAAACAAUG